GACCACGCGCAGACGUUUGAGUCUGCAGUGUGUUUGUUUUUUCGAAGACCUUUCAUUAAAAAAAGGUCUGCGCGACCUCUUUUUCAUGCAGACAUGGAUCAAGCUCUUCAUGCCUCUUCUCCUCUUUUUUUAUCCCAGAUGCAACAAACACUGCCCUAGUUCCUUCUCCCCUCCUCCUACGUCGCCGACCACCCCUCCUCCUCCACACCACCGGCCACCCAUCCUCCUCCUCCACACCGCCGACCUCCUCCUUCCUCUCUGCCGGCCACCCCUCCUCCUCUACACCACCGGCCACCCCUCCUCCUCCUCCUCCUCCUCCUUCACACCGCCGACCUCCUCCUCCCUCUCUGCCGACCACCCCUCCUCCUCCUUCCUCUGCGGUUACUCGGAGAACGUUGGAGAUCAUGUUACUUAUCCAAUCAGGAUCUUGCAAGAUCUCAAUCUUGAGUUUGAUGAUAUGAAUACAGAGUAUAAAAAAGGUUCUGUCUAGAUGUCCUCUCUUGGUUGGUCUGGUGGGUAAGCGGUCAAAAAUCAAAACGGGUUGAAUUAAGUGCAGAUGAAAAUAGGUCGGAUCGGGUUGCAACUUGAUGUUUGUUUGAAACUUGUAUGUGGUUAAAACUUGAUGUAAAUUCACAUGUCGACUAGUGUUUGUUUGAAACUUGUAUGUGGUUGAAACUUGAUGUUUGUUUGAAACUUGUAUGUGGUUAAAACUUGAUGUAAAUUCAUAUGCAAAGCAUGGAUUCAAUGAUUUAAAAAAAAUGUUAUUGUUUUUUUAUAAA